AUGACAGAGGAUAUGGUGAAUCUUGAUGAGUUAUCUGACAACGACCUUAUCACUAUUAUGAUGCCUGGUCUCACUAAGAAACUCAGGUCCAGAAAAGGUAAGGUUGUGGCUACCUUCACCCCCACCAAGACAAAUACUAGGUAUGGUCCCUCAAAGCCUUUGAGUAAAGAGAUUCCUAACUUCAAAAAGAGGAAGAUUAGGGACACUGCUAAUUCAGAAAGUGAUACUGAAGAUGAUGUCCAAGACAUCUUGAUUAAGAAAAAAUAUGAGAUGAAGAACCUCUCAGUCCACAUGCUCGAUGCCCCUAUGGACAACAUUUCUUUCCAUUCCAAGGAAAAUGUUGACCAAUGGAAGGUCCGAGAUAAAGACUUGGAUUAUGCUGACCCCAGAAGUAAAGAGUUCAAGAAAGUGUAUGUUAGAGGCAGAUGUGUUGAAUUCUCACCGAGUGUUAUCAACAGAUAUCUGAAGGACAAACUACCAGCUAGCAAAUUGAGUGUCAAAUAUGCCAUUAUGCAUAGCAUUGGUGUUGCAAACUGGGUUCAUACUAACAACUCUUCAGUUAUCUCUCAUGUUGGCUCAUGCGCAGUAAAGAUGCCAAUUUCCUUUCCUACUAUCAUAUGUGGUAUUAUCCUAAGCCAACAUCUUGGGAUUCUUCGUGAUACUGAUGCAAUGCCAAAAAGGAAGUCUGUUUUGUCCCUUCAUUUUAAAUUAGUUGUAGGUAAACAUGUCCCUGACAUUGCCUUGACAUCUGCAUCUGUUGAGAGCAAGACCUCAACCAAGGCUGGGAUGAUUUCUGAACUUGUGGAGGCCUGCAAAUAA